GGCGCGUACGCCGCCGUUCCUGGCCUUGAGCUGGAGGAGCUACAGAGCGUGCUGAGGCCAACAGGCUCGGGCUUGGCCAAGGCAUUGAGAAGUGUCUACGAGCAGGCAGUGCCACCUUUUCGUCUGCCUUCAGAAGCAGCAGAGCACUGCCUCGUCGUUUGGGCGGAAAAUCGGCCCAGCUGGAGAAAUUCUCGGAGUCAGGUUCUUCCCAUCCUCCUGGAUGGGAUCGUCCUAGCCCCUCUGCUCACUUCGAUCACGUAUUUUGCGCGCUGGAGCGAGGAGGGUCUGGACUAUGGGAAGGACAAGGCCAUGGACAAGUUCGACUUUUCCAAGGUCGAUAGCGUGUCGCGCACCGCAUUAGGC